CUCGCAAGACUCGUAGCAACCAACCACCAUCACCCUCGCACUAAUAUGGGAAAAUCGUCCAAAGACAAGCGCGACGCCUACUAUCGGCUAGCAAAGGAGCAGGGAUGGCGUGCACGAAGCGCAUUCAAGCUACUACAACUCGAUGAGGAGUUCAACCUCUUUGAGAAUGUCACGCGGGUCGUCGAUCUCUGCGCGGCUCCUGGCAGCUGGUCUCAAGUACUCUCACGGGUGCUCAUAAAGGGCGAGAAAUUCGGGCGUAGUGCUUGGCAGGACCGGGAAGCCAAGCUCCGUCAACACAUGCUCAACAUUGUUCCCUCGGAUGAGGCUCCUGGCCAGGAGAAGAAGCCCGGCUCAGGGGAUGAUGCUUCGCCGAAGGAGCAACCCCAGCCUCGGCAGGACGUCAAGAUUGUGUCCAUCGAUCUGCAACCCAUCAGCCCGCUUCCGGGGAUCAUCACGCUCCGCGCAGACAUCACCCACCCGGCCACCGUCCCGCUUCUCCUGAAGGCCCUGGACCCCGACUAUGACCCCAACAGCAUGGACCCGCAGGCGUCGCAGCCCGUCGAUCUUGUCAUCAGCGACGGCGCCCCCGACGUGACCGGCCUGCACGACCUCGACAUCUAUGUCCAGUCGCAGCUGUUGUUUGCAGCCCUCAACCUGGCCCUGUGCGUGCUCAAGCCCGGCGGCAAGUUUGUCGCCAAGAUCUUCCGCGGCCGCAACGUGGACCUGCUCUAUGCGCAGCUCAAGAUCUUUUUCGAGAAGGUCUACGUGGCCAAGCCGCGGUCGUCCCGGGCGAGCAGCGUGGAGGCCUUCAUCGUCUGCAUCAACUUCCGACCGCCAAAGGGGUUCAAAGCCAGCCUGGCGGAGCCGCUCGGCGUCGGCAGCCGGCUGCCGGAGAUGCUGGCAGCCAGAAACGCAUCGGCACCCACCACGGCUCCUGUCCUCAUGCAAAACCACGACACGGGUGCCUGGGACACCAGACCUGUGCGGACAACACGGACGACAGACGAAGACGGAAUCUGCGAGGUCGAGGUCGACGAUCUCUGCCCUGAGCCGCGUGACAAGGACACCCGGUGGAUCGCUCCCUUCGUCGCGUGCGGCGAUCUCUCCGCCUUCGACUCGGACGCCUCCUACAAACUACCCGAUGACCACGUCUCUCUCGAUCCGGUCCAGCCGCCUACCGCACCGCCAUACAAACGGGCAAUUGAGCUGAGGAGAGCCAACGGCGGCGCGUACGGGAAACCACCGGGCAAAUAAUUUCUAUCCAAAUGAACAAGGCCCGCAAUAGAAUGGACCAAAUAGACAUCACCGAAAGAGAGAGAG